AAUACGUUAAUAGUAGGUAUUACGAAGAUUAGUUUCGGCCUAAGUAAGGAAAUUAUCGCCCUAAGUAUAAUAAAAGUAGAGACGUACUUUAGAACGAUAACUUUUUAUAUUUUGCCCGUUAAUACCCCAUUUCUCCUAUAUUUAAAAAAUAUAGAUUAA